CACGCGCUCUCCUUGCACACUGGAGAGAGAUCAUGGGCAUGGCCACUCCCAAACCCUAGAACUCACUAGAGAGUAGGAGGAGCACCAAUGGCGCGGCGAAGCAAAGGCGGCGGCGCGGAGUCGGCGGCGACCAAGGGGGACGCCACCAUGUCCAUGAUGCGGGUGGUGUGGCGGAAGGGGGCGGUGCGCCUCGUCCUCGUCUCCGCCAUCGCCUGGGCGCUGCUCGUCCUCCUCGCCCUCGCCUUCCACCUCUGGUCCUGCACAUCAUCCGUUGCCUUUCUCUCAGUUCUUUGUAAAAAAGACAGUAAAGUUCUCUAUGUGUUGGACUCCAUGGGGUUCUCAUCGAAACCGCUCCACCGCUGCCCCAUACCUGUUGCAGAUGAUCCCAAUUCCGUUGUCAUUCCGAAGAGAACCCCCAAUACCAUCGUGAAAAGGUUGUCGUACAUAACGGUUGACAAACAGGAUAAAGAUCUGUCACCACUGUUUGGUGGACGUCAAAGCUGGAAACAGAGGGAGGCCAGCUUUAAACUGAAUACUACAAUGAAGGUGCACUGUGGAUUUAUGAAAAACAGUGGUGCAGACAUGGAUGAGGUCGAUGUCAAGUACAUACAGAAAUGCAAAUUUGUGGUUGCUUCUGGUAUUUUUGAUGGUUAUGACAUUCCCCAUCAGCCAUCAAAUAUUAGUCUUCGAUCUCAAAAGUUGUUCUGCUUUUUGAUGGUGGUAGAUGAGGUAUCCCUUGAUUUUAUUGAAAAGAAUACUACUGUCAAGUUUGAUAAAGCAGGAGGGAAAUGGGUAGGCAUAUGGCGACUUAUAACUUUGCACCACCUUCCAUUUGAUGAACCUAGAAGGAAUGGAAAAGUACCAAAGAUAUUAACACACAGACUAUUUCCUCAAGCUUGGUAUAGCAUUUGGAUUGAUGGGAAAAUGGAGCUGAUAGUUGAUCCGUUGCUUAUUCUUGAAAGAUAUCUUUGGCGGGGAAAGUACACAUUUGCAGUAGCUGUCCAUAAGCAUCACAGGAGCAUCUAUGAGGAGGGUGAUGCAAUCAAACGGAGGAAGAGAUAUGCCCGGCCUCUGGUUGAUCUUCAGAUGAAGAUGUACUAUCAUGAGGGGAUGGAACCAUGGAAUCCAGAUAAAAGAACACCUAGUGAUGUGCCAGAGGGAGCGGUGCUGAUCCGGGAGCACACAACGAUGACUGAUUUGUUUAGCUGUCUUUGGUUCAACGAGGUUAACCUUUUCACGCCUCGCGAUCAGCUCAGCUUUGGCUACGUGGUGUAUAGGCUUGGAGAUGCUCUUAAAUUCUUCAUGUUCCCCAACUGCGAGUACAAUUCGCUGUUCAUUUUGCACAGACACACAAGGGAACACUCAUCGAAAGUCGAGUGGGCCAAAACAAUCGAUGAAAUUGUGAAGAAGGGUUUGAAGGAAAGUAAGGGAGGAUUAGGGCUGUGGACUCCGUAUCCUUCAGACCUGAGCUCUGUUGAACUCCCCAGUGUAAAAAGAACUUCGCCAGCAGGCUAAGGCUGGAAAACUGCCUGAACAUGAUUCUUUCGUGAUUGUGCAAAGUAGAGCAGUCUAGUUUUUAUUUUUAUUUUUUGGUCGGAGGAGAUUGUGUAGUUUAUCGUGUUGAUUCUGGUGCAGAUUAAAAACGGCGGCACUAUAGUUUAUCACUCGGAGCUCUGUUACUUAAGUGAUGUGCCAAUUCUGCGCCAACACUGUAACUAUAUGUAAACCAAUCGUGGAAAUGAGCUA